AUGGCCAAGUUGGUAAGGCACCUCACUAGUAAUGAGGAGAUCGUCAGUUCGAAUCUGGCUGAAGGCAUCAUUUUUUGCUAUAUUUUUGCUGUGAAGAUUGCGCGCGCUUUUCCUGGUUGCUCGUUGGCCUAUUUCGCGGUCAGGACCAAUUGA